AUGCUGUCUCGCGCCGAGUUCCAGGCCACUGCGGCUACUCGACCAAUGCAACCCGCCCGGACCCGCCGCGGGGCGCACGGUGCCCAACCCGCCCGGACCCGCCGCGGGGCGCACGGCGGUGUGCUCCGAGGCCAGCCCUUCUCCACUUUAAUGUCAGGCCUUCGCGUCCUCCUCUGCCUCCUGCUGCUCGCUCGGCCCGGCCUCUGCGCCGACGCAGUGUCUGAGGACGUGGGGGUACACCAGCUACAGCGGCUGGUAGAGCUGCUGACGGUGCAUGAGUGUGAGGUGCUCCUCCUGACCAUCUCCCGCCCCGAGGAGAACGUCUUCAAACAGCUCGAUCGCUUGUCUGCAGAGAACAACCAGCUGGGGUUGCCACCUCGCACACGAAGGAGCUUAGAGCUGGGUAAGAACAUCAACCAGGACAAAGUGCUGAGUCUGUACCGCCACGUAGACGCCUACGACAAAUUCGUCAAUGACGCGGCCUCCCGCCUGACCCGAUCUCCGCCAGAGGAGGAUCGGCACACGGAGACCGCACAGCGCUCCGCGAGGAAAGUGAGAGGCUUGGCCUGGAACGAUUUGGAUCUCGUGGUGAAGAGGCACCCAGUGGCCCCUUAUGAGCGCCGCGUGCUGGAUGGGGCGUGGCCUCUGCUCUAUGGGCUCCUGCUCGGAGUGGGUGGAGCUUUUGUUGUAGGCGUGCUCAUCCUGCUCGUCACCACGCAUGUUUCACAGCGUGACCGGCGGGAGCCGCCGCUCCUCUACACUCGUGCCAAGGCCGGGUCUCGGCAACACCGCCGACGCAACGCUUCCUCGGCGGAAAAGGUUCCGUCGCAACCGAGAGACCCCCGGCAGGCGCCAGGUUUCGAGUGCUAUUGCCGAAUGCACAAGGGAGCGUGUGAGGUGGCUGAGCGUCUGGGCUGCUUAAUGAAACUGACAGCGCGCUCCGUAUGGCUCCAGGUGGCGGCCAUGUGUCUGUCUGAGAUAGAUGAGCGCAACAGGGACGCAGAGACCGAUGCCAACUCAGGACCAGGCCGCCCGAUGCCCAUUGGCGUCACCACGGCAACACAGAGCCAAUAG